CGAGAGGCGGCGAGCGCCGGACCCAAGCCCAGCGGCGGGGAAGGGCCGCCGGACAGACGCCCGAGCCUCCCCGUGCGCGCGCGUCAGCCGAGGUCCGAGCCGGCCAUGUGGGGACCUGGGGUCACGACCGAGGGCCUCUCGGCGGCGCCGGCCCCCCCGCCGCUGCUGCCACUGCUCCUGCUGCUGGCACUGGCGCUGGUAGCGCCCUCGCGGGGCGGCGGGGGCUGCGCGGAGCUGGCAUGCGGAGAGCGGGAGCGCUGCUGCGACGCAGCCAACGCCACGGCGGUGCGCUGCUGCAAGCUCCCGCUGCACGCCUUCCUGGACAACGUGGGCUGGUUUGUCCGCAAGCUCUCGGGGCUGCUCAUUCUGCUCGUGCUCUUCGCCAUCGGCUACUUCCUGCAACGCAUCAUCUGCCCAAGCCCACGCAGGUACCCGCGCGGCCAGGCGCGAGCUGGGCAAGCGCGGCCCGGGGCUCCUGGGGCCGCAGGGCCGCCCGGGGGCGCCGGACCGCCCGACGACGACGACGACUCGCCGGCUCUCCUGCGGGACGAGGUGGCCGCCGGCUCGCAGGACUCUCUGCUGGACAGUAGCGGCGGUGGCGGCCGGGGUCGUGGGGGCGGUAGCCACCCGGCUCCCUCCUGCGCCUCGGAGCACGAGCUGCGGGUCGUCUCGCCCGUCUUCCUGCAGCUGCCCAGCUACGAGGAAGUCAAGUACCUGCCCACCUACGAGGAAUCUAUGAGGUUGCAGCAGCCCAGCCCCGGAGAGGUCACGCUGCCGGUGUCGGUGCUCGGUCGCCCGCGAGGCUGCGGCGCCGGGGAGUCCGACGGCGGCGAGGGCCGCUUCCCGCUCAUCUGAGCGCGCCGGGCCGCUGGGGGACCGCGCGGACCGUGCAGGAAUAGCGGCUGCAGGUGCACGCCACCAGCGGGGUGCCCGCGGCCUCCACCAACUGCCUCAGACCCUCCUGGCACGCUGACCCGGGCGUCCGUCACCCUGCGGCUUGGUUAGGGUCGUGCUCCCUUGGGAUCUUCUGUUUGCCUUCGUUUCUUUCAGUUCAAGCCAACGCUGGCACGCGUGGCAGGGGCGGCGUGGCGAGGAAGAGCCCCAAGCACACCUGGCAGGAGGUCUCCGCCCUCGCCUCGCCUCGCCUUGCCUCGCCUCGCCUCGUAUUGUUUUCACUUGUAAGUGCCUUCUUCCCGAAGCAAAGAACACGUGAGCCCUUGGAUGCGUCGGGAGAAGGGCGGUUUUCUUGAGGGCUGGCCCCAUAGGGUCCCGGAUCCCUUCCUUUCGGUCUGUCUGUCGGUCGGUCCUGGACGGAUGGCGGUGUCCGGGGCUGUGCUGGGGGCGAGGAGCCCGAGGG